UAGUUGAGGGAAGGUGCUGGAGAUGGCUGCAAAGCUUCUACAUUCUUUAGCAGAUGACAAUCCAGAUCUGCAGAGGCAAAUAGGAUGCAUGACUGGGAUUUUCCAAAUCUUUGAUCGCCACCAGGUCCUAACCAGCCGGCGCCUGACCCACAAGAGGCUUCCUCCAGGUACUUCCCACUUCCAGAAUGCCACCUCGGAAGGGGACUUUAACAGUGUACAUCAGCAACAGACAGCAACUGAAACAAAUCUAAACCGAAAUGUGAGUGAGAAGCAAAGACUUUCCACAGAAUCUUCAAGAGCCUCUUUCUCAUCGUCUUGUUCAUCUUCCUUGUCCUCUCUGGACUGUGGCAAGACGGCUCAACAAGAAGCCUCUUCGUUUGACAGAAUGAUUUUUCCUGAAACUCCAUCCAGGGACCCAGUCAUGCACCAAGGAAGUACAUCUCCACAUUUGGGGCGGCAUUCACUGGAUCUUCGGGAUGUAGUCAAGGACUCAAUGUAUAGAGAGGCCAGAGGACUAUCAGUUAAAACUGCAGCCAGUGAUGAAUCCGCUGGUCGUUCUUUGAAGCACAAGGACUCUCCAAGGCCAUUUCAACUAUCCAAAUCAGGAGAUGGAUCUUAUGAUGUUGGGGUCAGUGGGAAGCAAAGUAUGCCUGCUGACAUCAAGGAGUCUCUUAGAGUACUUGCAAAAUUUCGAGAAGUGCCUUGGUAUUAUAAUGAAGGUAGAGACCUUUCAAGAUCACAGUAUGAAGUGAAAGAAGGAUCUUGGCUUACAAUUUCAAAGGAUGCUCCUAGGUUAUCCUAUGAUGGGAAAGAGAUGAAUCGCUUAUCUUUGGACUCCCGAGAAACCUUCAAAUCCACACCAAAGCUAAAAGAGAUGCCCAGACUUUCACUGGAUGGUAGAGAUGGCCCAAUACGGCGUUCCAACUCUGAUUCAAAACCAAAUUACCCUUUUAAAAAUUUUCAGGAUGGUGUAAUCUCAAACAACAAAGACAUUAAUCUUCCACAAGCUCUGGCAACUCAGAAACGGCCCCCAAGCGUUGUAGCAAAAUUAAUGGGCUUGGAAGCUCUGCCAGAUUCUACUGCACCUAGUGAUAGCCGGUUUGGUUUGAUUAAAACCCCUCCAGUUGAAGAGAGAGAUCAUUUCUCAAGAUCAUUGAAAUCAAAUGGUCAAAACAAGCCAAUCCGAGUUUCCAACUCCCCAAGAAGCUCAAUGAAAGAGCCACCAUCACCAAGAUGGAGAAAUCCUGAUUUGAUCAUGAAACCAGUUUCUAGUUCGAAGUUUCCAAUUGAACCAGCACCGUGGAGGCAACCAGAUGGAAGUCGGGAUUCUCAGAAAACAGCUUUUAGGCCUGUGAAAGUUCCGGCAAGGACAGCAAAUUCCUUUCCUUCAGUUUAUUCUGAGAUUGAGGAAAGAUUGAAAGAUCUUGAAUUUAAACAAUCUGGAAAGGAUCUCAGAGCUCUCAAGCAGAUACUGGAAGCUAUGCAAGCAAAGGGGCUUAUAGAGACCAGUAAAGAAGAACAAGCUUCAAACUUUGAAACUCAAAGAGACUAUGAACUGAAAUCUUCUAGUCCUAAUCUUAAAUCAAGAAACCAACAGAAUCUGCAAAGCAAGCAUGUCAUUGCUUCCACAACCAGGGGUUCGCAUUCCUCAAGGACAUUUGACUCACCAAUCGUGAUCAUGAAACCGGCUAAACUAGUUCAGAAAUCUAAUAUUCCUUCUUCAUCAGCAAUUCCAGUAUACAGACUUUCUAGUCCCCAAAAGCUUCAGAGCAAGGGAUCUGAAGACAGCAAAAAGGCUUCAGUAAAAAGCCGAGCAGCUAAAGAUCAGUCUCCUAGAAGCAGUCGCAUUGAAUCUACUGUCAGCUCCUCUGAUAAGAAAAUCAGUGGUAAGAAUACAAGAUCCACAAUGCAAUCUUCACCAAAGCCUCAACAGUUGCCAAGAGAAAGCAUUACAAAUUCAACAAGGAGCUCAGGUUCUGUGAGCCCUAGAUUGCAGCAGAAGAAGAAUGAAUUGGACAAGCGGUCUCGCCCGCCAACCCCUCCAGCUGAUGUGAGUAAACCUAGAAGGCAAUCAAACAGGCAGUUGAUAGAAUCAGGUUCUCCUGGUGGUAGACUUAAACAAAAAUUUCACCACUUACAGCAAGCUGAUGACCAAAUGAGCCAGAUAAGUAAUGAAUCCAGAACUUCAAGUCACUAUGGAGAUGAUUCAUCUGUGCAAUCAGACAGCAAUCUUGUCUUGGACUCAAGGAUAGAUAUGGAAGUUACCAGUAGUGAACGAUGCAUUGAAAUCAAUGGCAGUCAGAGUCCAUCCAUGAGGGCUGCCAAGCACACAAUUUCAGGCUCAGAGCAGAAAAAAUCAACUCCAAGAUUAAGUGAGGAUGGAUCUUUAGCAGAACUUGCUACAGCUACAGCAGAGCAUCCUAGUCCUGUCUCUGUCAUGGAUGCCUCAGCAUUAAGAGGUGAUGAUCCAUCUCCCAUUAAGCAGAUGUCUAAUGCCCUCAAAGGUGAUAUUGCUCAAAUUUCCAGUGAUUGUCUCAAUGAAGAUCAGUGGACUACAGCAGAUAAUCUCGUAUCUGAUGGCACGGGUUCUGGUGUUACAACGGAAAUCAGUCGCAAGAAAUUACAAAACAUCGAGCAUUUAGUUCAGAAGCUUAGACGACUUAACUCCAGUCAUGAUGAAGCUGGCAUUGACUACAUUGCAUCACUUUGCGAGAACACCAAUCCUGACCACAGAUACAUCUCUGAGAUACUGUUAGCUUCUGGCCUCCUACUAAGAGACCUCGGCUCCAGCUUGACAACAUUUCAGCUCCAUCCGUCAGGCCACCCAAUCAACCCCGAGUUAUUCUUUGUUUUGGAACAAACUAAUGCAAGCACAUUCUGUUCAAAAGGAGAAUGCAGCCCUGUCAAAGUUUCCCAUUCAACGACAGACCCAGAGAAAGUUCACCGGAAACUCAUAUUUGACUCUGUCAAUGAGAUCCUUGUCGGAAAGUUAGCUUCAGUAGGGACCUCUCCAGAGCCAUGGUUAAAGACCAAAAAGCUAGCAAGCAAUACAUUGAGUGCACAAAAGCUUCUAAAAGAAUUAUGCUCAGAGAUUGAACAGCUUCAAGCCAAGAAACUGGAGUGCAGCCUAGAGGAUGAGGAGGAUGAUUUGAAAAGUAUAUUGUGGGAGGAUGUGAAGCAUCGAUCAGGCAGUUGGACAAAUUUUGACUGCGAGAUUUCUGGGGUAGUACUAGAUGUUGAGCGGUUGCUCUUUAAAGAUUUAGUAGACGAGAUUUUGAUGGGUGAAGCAGCUAGUUUGCGAGGCAAGCCAGGUAGGCGAAGAAAGCUGUUUGUGAAGUAAAUGCAGGCAUGCAAAAUAGAUUUCUUUAGUUUCAUUUUGCUCAAUCUUUGGUUUUCCCUACUGUGAUUUUUUGCAAGAAAGCAUAAUAAUUCAUGAGUAAGAAUUAAAAAAGUUCUGGGCAUGAUUGUAAAGAAAUUAACUUCUCAGAUUAUGACACCAUUAAUACAUAUUCAUAAGAAACAGUAUAUGAA